GUGAUUCACAACUGAAGUCAUUUGCACGCUCACAUUAUCAGGCGAAUCAUGGGAAAACCUAUCAGUAUAACUCAGCGUAUGGCUUCAUCACCACUUUACACGGCCAUCUACAUCUUACUGGUGCUGCUUGGAAACUUGGGGAACGCAACGGUCAUCGGAGUGGUCGGAGAAAGCAUUCUGCGGGAUACGGGAAUUGUCCGAACCUCCGAUGUGAUUCUGGUCAACAUGGCUUUCUCUAACCUGAUGGUGUCGUUGGUGAGAAAUACUGUAGUGAUGGUGUCUGACCUGGGAGUCGAGGUGUUCCUCAAUAGAGACUUGUGUCAUUUUAUGAUGGGUGUCUGGGUUUGGUUGCGCUCAGCAAACGUCUGGUCGAUAUUUUUUCUCAGCGCAUUUCAUUUUCAAACACUGCGUCGAGUCGCCCCACCCGUGGUGAAACUACACGGCCCCCGUGGUCCUCCAACUAACCUAAUCCUGGGCUUCUGCUUUAUAUGGAGUCUGAACUUCAUCUAUGCCAUUCCAGCAUUUAUCUUCUCCAAAAACGGAGGGGAAAACUCCACUGAGACUAUAAUGUUGGUGAGCAGCACAACUCGUCCAUUGAUGGGUUGCAUCUGGGACUUUCCUUCACCCUACAGCGGCCUGGCCUUUGCCACCUCUUCCAUGGUGAUACAUGAGACCAUUCCCAUUAUCCUGAUGAACUUCACUAACCUGGGCUCCCUGCUGACACUUUUUGCCCAUGGACGCAUGCGAAAUACUAACAAGAGUCAGGAUGUGCCGACCGUUAGUCGAAUCCCUGUGGAGAGACGGGCAGCUAAGGUGAUUCUGACUCUGAAUAUUCUUUUCAUAUCAUCAUGGGGCACCAAUGUGAUCUCUGUCAACUACUUCAACUAUAACCGUGGAUCAUCGACAGAGUUCCUGCUGAUCGUUGCUCGCUUUGCUAACAUGAGCUUCAUCGCGCUGUCGCCCAUCAUCCUCACAGUGGGACACAAGAGACUGCGAGCUUUCAUAAAGUCUCUCCUGUCUCGCAUUCUCUGGAUAGAUAAACUUUGGGCAUAGUCAUUAUUUACAUAAACAAAACAAUAAAAA